CAACUGGCGGGAAGGAAAAACCCGAGCGUCUCUCUCUCUCUCUCUCUCUCUCCGACUGUAGGAGGCAAGCUCUCGGUUCGGGUCCGAGAGCUCCGGCAUCACGGCCGCCGUGUGUCAACAGGGUGCCCGUGCACGGCUGAGCAGAGGUCACAAUUUGCCUAUGACGGUCACCGUUACUGUCAUUUGCAUCUGUGCGUCCCGGCACUAAAAAUAAUUUUAACACAGCAGGCUUUCAGCCGGGCAGAGCUCACCAGCGCUGCAGACAGACAAAAGAAGGAAGGGAGCAGCCCUGAGCAGCAGAAGACCUGCGUAUAUAAAAAGGCCCGUGGUGGAGGGGAACCUCCUGAGUGUCUCUCAGCCACAGCAUGUCCAGGACGGGCAGCCGGAGCGCCGUGGACUUAACAAAACCAUGCCCAGCCUAACCGUGGAGCCGCCCAACACACAGCAGCGCUCCAUCAUGGACAGAGAUGACAGGAAGAGAAACAGGAACAUUGGAAAGAACUUCAUGUGCCGACUCCAGUGCAUGUUCUCCCACUCCUCGAGCUCGGAGAGGCUAAGUUUAGAAGACACCCAACAAUGGUCACAGUCACUGGAGAGGCUACUGGAGUCUAAAUAUGGCCUGGCCACCUUCCGCACUUUUCUGAAAUCUGAGUUCAGCGAUGAGAACAUAGAGUUUUGGCUAACCUGUGAGGACUACAAGAAAAUAAAGUCGUCCUUCCGGAUGUCGUCGAGGGCCAAGAAGAUAUACGAGCAGUUCAUCAAGGCGGAAUCUCCCAAAGAGAUCAACAUCGACUACCACACCAGAGAGCAGAUCAAGAGGAACGUCAAAACGCCCACUCUGCACUCCUUCGACGACGCCCAGAAGAUAGUCUACGGGCUGAUGGAGAGAGACUCGUACCCGCGGUUCCUCCGCUCGGACAUUUACAGGACCCUCCUAGAAAACCUCGCCGCCGACGCCACGAAAGGAUGAAAACACAACCGGGGAUGGACGGACGGACUGUAGGAAAACACACACGCACGAAAAAAUCCUAACUGGAACGUUUGGGCUCCUCCAUCGCGGAGGAGCGCACACCGAGGGCCCCGGGACAGGAUGGGAACGUUUGGCCUGCCUGGCACACAAACAGACACGGAGAUUCCUCCCCUCCGGCUUACCCCGCAGACACAGUACCAGACCGUGCCACGGGGCCCGCGAGGGCAGGACCUCCACACUGAGCACUGUGCACCUGAGGACAAGAAGAGGAGUAGAAGAGAAAACAAAACAACAACCACAUCAAUUACGAUAUUGACUCAAGCGUGAGUGUUUGAAUAAGGGCGAUAAAGUUUGUGUACGUAGAGGAAGCGGAUGUCUUCGACACUGAAUGAAUGAAUCACCGGGUUGGCUGGCGCCUGUCUUCAGACGAUGGAGCUAUGUCAGCAAACCAUAUAGCCGCCCCCCCCCCCCGCCCCGCCCCCCCCCCCCGUCCUUCUUUCUGCCAGUGUUUCCUGUGAAGAUAAAGAUAGAGGAUGUAAAAAUGCAACGCUUACACUGUAUCAGUGUGUGUGUGUGUGUGUGUGUGUGUGUGUGUGUGUGUGUGUGUGUGUGUGUGUGUGUGUGUGUAUGCAAAAAGAGACAGGAGAGAAAAAGAUGGACAUGCACGACGGGGAGAAUAAUUCAAAUCGAGAUGUUUUCUUCAGCUGCCACCGUCACGGCAUGAACAACCCUGACAGGAGUGUUUAUCUGUUAAAUCUUGUCCGAGGGUUUGUACGGAGAACCACGUUACAUCCACAGUGGAUGGAGGACUCGACAGCGUCAUGUAAUCCUUAUUAUAAAGGGUUGCAGAAGGCCACUACACAUACGAGGGGCAUUCUGGGACACUUUCCAUAAGAGAUUCCUGCAAUUCACAGUAAAAUCCUGAGUGUUAAUUUAACUCCGAGAGUGUUAAUUUAACUCCGAGAGUGUUAAUUUAACUCCGAGAGCGUUAAUUUAACUCCGAGAGCGUUAGUUUAACUCCCGAGGGUGUACAAAUGGAUCCCUUCGGGUCCACAUGUACACUCUCAGGGUUAAAUUACCACCCGGGAUACACAGGAGAUGGAGGUUUAUUUUAGGUGAUGAACUGUUUGAGUGGUAUUGUAGAAAUAAGACAUUUCACAUUGCAUGGAAAGACUUAGGUCUCCUUGUAUAUCCAGAGUUUGUUGUUGCUUCCAAAGCAUGUUGGUUGAAUGUACGACUCGGGCCUUAGCACUAAAGUUGAUCCGAGAAUCAAGACGUUUUAUUUAUUUGGUCAGUUUGAGUACAAAGUUUGUCGUAGAUUUUUGCAGUGCUUGUAAAAACGAUACCGAUCAGAAUGCCAUUAAAUUAUUGAAAUACGUAG